CAACGCAUCGCCAACUUGCUUCCGUAGAAUCAAUAUCAGUUGAACUGCCCGGUCUGUCUUGGCAUUGUGAUGCUAAGCAGGUGAGCUUUACGUUAUUAUUGUUAACGACCGAGACAGGUCAUUGCCUCACAGCGACGGACCAUUACGAAGACAAUCUUAGUAUCUGUGCGGAUAUCAAGACUAAAGUGCGUCGAAAUGGAAAGUAGUGCAGCCUUUCUGUAUUUGACUUGCUUGUUGUUAACCAUAGUAGCAGAGAAAAUUAAUCACCUUGAUUACAAUGUUGAUCACCUGCCGAACCACCACAGAGACCUUGAUGCAGUUGUGGAAUUCGUCACAGGCGGUCAUCGUAGAAACGCCAGAGACGCGGACCAGAAUGAAACGAACUACGUCGUAGAGGAAAUACAGCAUAGUUAUUACACAGCUAGUUACUAUGGACACGAAACUAACGUAGUUGAUGACUAUUGGGUUGCCACUGAUAUUGAAGACACGCAUGAUUUAUUGUCAAAUCGUCAUAGAACAGGCGUGAUGCAAAGUUUAUCGUUCACAUUCCCUUUUUAUGGUCAUGAUGUCAACAAUGUAGUCGUAGCUACUGGCGGUUUUAUCUAUCUCGGAUCUUACAUCCACAAAUGGCUGGCUGCUACGCAAUAUAUCUCCCCUUUAAUGGCGAACUUUGACCCCAGCUACAGUGACCAAUCGACAGUUAGGAUACAUGACAAUGACGGAAUAUUUACUACGGAAUGGAACAACGUUUUCCUGGCAGAUCAUACUGAAGCUGGGAACUUUACCUUCCAAUGUUCAUUGCAUCGAGACGGUCGUAUCGUGUUCGCCUAUAAACAGAUAGCGAAACCGAUUGCGAAUAUUUCAGACUCGAACCAUCCGGUUAAAGUUGGCUUAGCGGACGCCUACUAUCAGGACACACCCAUAGGACGUGGCAUGGUCAGACGUACCAUAUACGAAUACCACAGCAUUGGUUUGGAAAUCACAGGAGUAGAGUCUGGUGGCGCUAUUCUUCUCCAACCACAGCCCACUUGUAACGAGUUCACGUCCUGUGAUCAAUGUACCAGUAGUCAAAUUGGAUUCAAUUGUAGUUGGUGUGAAGUUACUGAGAAAUGUUCCAGUGGUUUCGACAGGCAUCGACAAGAAUGGGUUAUAAGCGAAUGUGAUAAACACGGGGUUAAGUGGCAACAUCAGUGUCCAGUUACGACCACGCCCACUCUUACUACAAGUACAGCGACAACCGUAGUGACAUUGCCUCCUCGUUCCCACACUACUACCAGUGUUCCAAAUCUGGAUGUCAACCCGUGCCUUAGCAACCCCUGUUCCCAUGGUAUAUGUGCAGUCAAUAACCAUGGCAACUAUGCAUGUGACUGUAAUCCCGGAUUCAUCGGCAAAACAUGUGGGAUUAAUAUAGACGAGUGUGCAAGCAAUCCGUGUUUACACGAUGCUAGAUGUACUGACGGUAUAAACAAAUACUACUGUGAUUGUUUACCUGGCUAUGAGGGUGCACAGUGUCAAAAAAUCAUAGAAAUGGAUUUUUGUGCCGAAUUGACGCCAUGUCUGAAUGGAGGAACAUGCAUCAACGAAGUGGACGGUUACCAUUGCAAAUGCAUGUUAAAUUGGCACGGCAAAACCUGUCAGAAAAAAGGUUUCAUUUCAGAUACAAGCAAUGAUAUUCCCAACGGUGAGCCGGUCAAGCAGGUCCAAGACGACGUCAACAGGUCGCCAUCUAGCGGUAGAUCAGGCACUGUCGUUGGUGGCGUGUUCGGCAUUCUAAUAACCAUAGUCGUUAUCGUAGUUUUGAUUGGUUGGACGGCGUAUGCAUACAGAUUCCCGACGACUAAGUCCGGAAUACUGUUAAUCGAGAUGAGAAGAUGCCAGUGUCUGAGGAGGAAGGACCGCGCAGAACGUUACCAUGUCAACCUGAAUAAAGUUGUGUUAGAAUCAGAGGCCUAAUUACAAAUCCUGUGUGUGUAGAAACGAAAGACAGAAUAAUGAAUAUGUGAUCACAGUCACUCUACUAGGAGAGUGAAUGUGAUGUGAUGACGUAUGCCUGUCACGUCUCAGCCAAGCUGAUCAUAAGUCGUCGGUUUUUAAAGCGAAAAGUAGUUGAAAUGUCGACACAGAUUUGCAUAUAGUAGUUCAUAUUCUGAAAAUUUCUCAGCUUUUAGAGUUUUGAGAAAAUGCUAAAAAACACUUUUGUCAACCUAUAUAUUUACAUGAG